AUGGGAGAUAAUAACCACAUCGGCGAAGCUGGUCUUCACCAUCUUCCUCUGCGCAUGCGAGACGCAACGCUCUCCAAAUUCCCCUCUUUAAACCAACGAAAUGGCAAAAAAGUCCCUGAGAGCUUGCACUUCACCCCCGGGGCCUUUCGUCUCAGAUCGCCGACCGAGUCGUCGAUGAGUAGUAUUUCUUCGGCGAAUGUGCCUGAUUCUGCGACGACGCAUUCGCUUUCUACGCUGGCUAGUCCGAUAAGUACCACGUAUGCGAGCUCGAUCCAGGAGCAGUUUGCUGCUGCGACGCUGGAUGGGUCGAGGCCUGCGAGUCGGAUCUGCCAUCGACAUAAUCCGUCGAGUGGGACUUGCUCGACGUUUGUUAAUGAAGAUGAGGACGCGAUUAUUACGGGAUAUCCUGAGUUUGAUAUCAAGAUUAGGAAUCUGAAUGAGGCGCAUGGGAGACCUAUUGUGCAAGAGGUUAGGCCUGAGAGCCCCAGUACGGAGUCCUUUAUCAAAGAGGAGAGGGUUCUUACGCCAACGACAGAGUCGCAUCGCACGGAUGAUGUUUCUAAUGAUGAUGAAGACGAUUCUGAAGAAGUGUCGCAAGAGGAUGCAAACUCGGUGCUCAAUUACGCACUUCAGGUCAUCUACGGCGUCGAUCUUAAUGACGUCUCAAUCCCUCAAGACAAGGUCCAAAGCCUCGUAUCCAACUUUACCCAUGACAUAAGUCAGCAUAUUUGGCAAUCUGCUUCAGAUGGUCAAUUGUCGCACACAAUGUCAACAUCGAGCUCUUCCUCUACACCCUCGCAAGACGCUAAUGGCGAUCGUCGGGGCGGAAAGAGGAAGAAGCAAGGGAGGCGUGAAGACGACGGUGAGGAGUUUAGCGAUGGUGAAGGGUCGGGAUACUUGCCGACCAAGCGCUCGAGACCGAAUCCUAAAGAGGAUGAGAAUCUUCGAUUAAGUUGUCCGUUCCGAAAGAGGAAUCCUCAUCGGUUCAAUCACAAGCGCGAUGAUCCAUCUGCUUUCGUCUGCGACCGCUGUAGCCGCGACUUUUCUACGCGCAAAGAACUACGUGAUCAUCAACGUUUGCCGAAGGAGUACAUGUGCGACAUUGCUGAUGCUGAUGCUGAGAGUGGUAUCGAUCCCCAGACUGCCACAAAGCUGUUAAGCAGAAAGCGGGCGAGUGGUACUUCACCAGAGGCUCAGUGGAAGGAGAUCUGGAACAUUGUGUUUCCCGAUGAUGACGAUAGUGAUGUCCGACCAUAUGAAUACACACCGGUGAUUGAACACUUCGAAGUCGAAGCCAAGUACCGCGAAGCAUUCGACCAGCUCAAAUACUCCCUCCUCGACAAAAUCUCCAACCCCGCCACCCUCGAAACCCUCUCCACAAAAUUCUACCAAUGCUUCAUCGAGACUCUAGACCAAUGCAUCGCCAACGCCCAAAGCAUGCCCUACACAAACCGCAGCAACAAAAAGAACGACAUCCUCCGCUCCCAAACAACACAAAGCGUCCGCAAGCCCCGCGGUAUAAUGCCCCGCCCCGAUUCCGGCGUUGUAAUGGACGAUGGGUCUGAAGAGAGCGGGAGUGUUAUGCUGGGGCAUAGGGAUAGUGUGAGAACUGUUAGGACUGCGUUGCGGGGAAGUCAGGUUCCGGAGACUGUUAAUGAGAUAGUUCCUGCUACGGGGUUUGAGGGGCUGAUGAUGGGGAUGGAUGGGGCGGAUGUGCAGGCUUGGAAUAACGGGGUUAUGUAUCCGCAGAUUAUGCCUGAGCAACUUAUUCCCACGGGGGGUAUGACGCCGCAGACGGAGUUUGUGAAUUGGGGACAGAUAUAUCCUGGUUUUACGUUGGGGAAUGGUGUCAAUGGGUUUACGGGGUUUAAUGGACAGCAGUAA